GAAGAGGACAGGCGAGAGGUAUGCUUGUCAUUUCAUUUAAACAAAUGCCGCUUCGUUUCGUUAUUUUCACCAGGUCAUUGUAUACAUUUACGUGUUCGUGUUGAGAAGUAUUUUACACAUCGCACAGUAAAUAGACUCAUCUGUUAAACAUUUCUGGACAUGGCAGCAAAUGGGGACAGUUGUGAGCAGUCCCAGAGACGUUCAGGAGCUAAGGACAAACAGAAUGGCAAAUCUGCAGACUCUGUACUAAGAGACAGACGGCUAAAAGAGAAGGAGGAGCGUCUCUCGUUGGUUUUAUGGAGGAAGCCUGUCACUACGCUGCAUUACUUUCUCCUUGAGACCCUCAUCAAGCUAAAAGAAUUGACUUUGAAGCUUUGGCAAAGGCGAGGGGUAGUGCUCUUAUUUUUGUUGGUUUGUUCUCUCUUCUCAAUGGCCUACUCAACUGAGGGGGGGCACCAAGAGUAUGUAAAAUACCUGGAGAAGAAGUUCCUAUGGUGUGCCUAUUGGGUAGGCCUUGGCAUUUUGUCUUCAGUAGGCCUUGGCACCGGCCUACACACAUUUCUUCUUUACUUGGGGCCUCACAUAGCCUCAGUGACUCUGGCAGCUUAUGAGUGUGGCUCCACAGACUUCCCUGAGCCUCCAUACCCUGACCAAAUCAUCUGUCCUCCUGGUGAAGAGGCUGAUCAAAGCAUCUCCCUCUUCACAAUCAUGUCCAAGGUUCGUCUGGAGGCCUGCAUGUGGGGGGCCGGGACCGCCAUUGGAGAGCUCCCUCCGUACUUCAUGGCCCGCGCUGCUCGUCAGUCUGGAGCUGACCCAGAAGAUGAAGACUAUGAAGAGUUUGAGGAGAUGCUGGAACAGGCACAGAAUGCACAGGAUUUUGUUACAAGAGCUAAACUUGGUGUCCAACACAUGGUCCAGAAAGUGGGUUUCUUUGGCAUUCUGGCUUGUGCCUCAAUCCCUAAUCCUCUUUUUGAUCUGGCUGGAAUAACAUGUGGGCAUUUCCUCGUCCCUUUCUGGACCUUCUUUGGAGCCACUUUGAUUGGAAAGGCCAUUAUCAAGAUGCACAUACAGAAACUUUUUGUCAUCAUCACCUUCAGCAAGCACAUAGUGGAGCAGAUGGUGUCACUCAUUGGGUCGGUGCCCAAAGUUGGACUUUCACUCCAGAAGCCUUUCAGUCAGUACCUGGAAGCACAGCGGAACAAGCUGCACCAUGCUGGAGGAAAGGCGCCAGCUGAUGAGAACUGGCUCUCGUGGAUCUUUGAGAAAGUGGUGCUGAUCAUGGUGUGCUACUUUGUCAUCUCUAUUGUUAACUCCAUGGCUCAGAGCUAUGCCAAGAGGCUCCAGCAGCAGAGACACUCAGAGGAGAAGACUAAGUGAUGAGAGCAUGGGGACUGUGGUGGACUUUGCUCCAGCCUCAGACACUGAAGAACAAACCUCAUCCUCCUCCGUCUGGGGCUGGACUCAAACCAGGCACUGUUGAGUGUGUGCUUCACGGGACGGAUGUGAUGGACGUUUACUGUAUGUCUUUCAGGUUUUAUAGCUCUUCCUCUCAUCUCAAUGUAGGUAUGUGUAGUGCGAUUGGUUCCACUGCUGAUCUUAACAUGUUACUAUAAUUUAAUCUGUUCAUUGACCUCACACGUAAAGCAGCGGUUGGGUCGGUGGCUGCUGGUAGGGGGAGUGCCCCUCAGAUGCUAUGCCUUAUGCAAGAUGGGAAGGUCUCACUUCCCCAGAUCCUAAAUGUUCACUUACAGACUUGAUUUUUAUUUAAUUUUGUAAACUUGUCGUGUGGAUGGAUCAUGUACAGUGUGUUGCCAGGAUAAUUGCUAUGUAUGGUUGUUUCAGGGUUUCUUUGUCCUCAUGUCUCUUAAAACAGCAACACCAAUGUCUCUUUGCAUUUGGGGGAAAAUAGCAAUAUCAAAUUAAGAAGUGUGUUGACAGUUUGCACAUUGUGUAAAUAUCUUAACCUUUUUGACAGUAUGAGCAGAUGUAUUUCUAUUCAACUGUUCUGUGUAAUAUAAACCAACCAAAAGAGAAGAUGUGAUAUCAUUUGUAAAGUGAUAUUGUAUUAAGCUCACUUGUUCCAUUUCUCUUCUGUACAGUAGGUUGAAACUUGGAUAAGAUCAUAAAGUGUAAAUCAUGACACUUGA